CGCUUCGGGAGGCUGGCCGUAGUGAUGUUGUUGGGAGUGGGGAGUCCGGCGCCUGAGAGCUGUGUUCGAAUCCCCAGUGGGUUGCAAGCAGUUGAGCCGAAGACGAGCCGUGUUGGGCCAGAACAAGAUGGGUCUAGUGUCCUGCCUCCAAGAGUGGCCAGCCAAAGGGGAGCCCGCAAGCAGGGCCAGCCAUCCACCAUGUCCAGUGAUCCUCCACCGCCAUACCCGGGCGGGCCAUCUGCGCCACUCAUCGAAGAGAAGGACGGCCCCCCUUUCCAAGGAGGCAGAGCAUCGCCCGCGGUGGCCCAGCCUCAAGGGGCCCCACAGCCCCCUCUGGAUUUUGGACCCCCUCCGUAUGAGCCGCCGCAGCCCGGCUUCAUUCCUCCCCCGAUUCCCGCGGAUGGCUCCAUGCCCUACAUGCCACCUGGGAGCUACUACAUGCCUCCCGGACCACAUGCUCCCCACAUGGGCUACUAUCCUCCAACGGGCCCGUAUGCCCCCACAGCUGGUCAAACAGCCACCGUCCUCGUGCCAUCGGGGGCUGCAACCACAGUGACAGUGCUGCAGGGUGAGAUUUUCCAGGCAGCCCCCGUGCAGACCGUGUGCCCACACUGCCAGCAGGCCAUCAGCACCAAGAUCACCCACGAAAUCGGCCUCAUGAACUUCUUGCUGGGCUUCUUCUGCUGCUUUGUGGGGUGUGACCUGGGCUGCUGCCUGAUCCCCUGCCUUAUCGACGAGUUCAAGGACGUGACGCACACCUGCCCCAACUGCAAGGCCUACAUCUACACGUAUAAGCGCAUGUGCUAGCAGUGCCCACUGGCCCAGGAGAUCACCAGCUCCCCUCUCCUCAUGUGGCUGGUCUGACUUUCCCAUGUCGAAUGCUUCCUUGCUUGUGUCUUUCCUUCUCCCUCCAUUCCAGAGUGCUUUGGAGACCUCAGGACUGGGGUGCGUCUCGGAGG